AAAGAGCUAUAAAACGGGCCUAAAUAUUGGAUGAAAUUUGUUGGUUAUUGAGAUGGUUUUGGAGCUGGUUUUGCCUAGCAUGCACCGUUAGUUAAGCAUCUAUCUUUGUGCAGUUAGCUUUAAAUGCUACCUGAAACAUGUUUGCCAUAAGAUUUGAACAUGCAAACAAACAAGACCCCCCAGCUGAUUCAUCGGCACCGCCCGCACAGCAACUUAUGUGAUUCUUGGUAUGUCCUGGAUCAUAACACUGCCGUCGCAAUUCGCGACGUUUCAUAAACUCCAAGAAUCGGUGAGCAACGGAGUGGAUGCCAUGCCAUCAAAGAUGCUUGUAACUCACUCGACUUGAAUCUACAUUCUUCCAUGAUUUGAUUCAAGUAGAGUUGCUGAAAGAUUAUUCUUUCUUCUUGGAUUGUUAUAUUAGCAUUCCAAAGAAAUAAGUAUUUAUUAGAAUCUUGAUAUUUACUUUCGUGGCUCUUUCCUUUGUAUUUUCUUGGUGAGUCGUCGUCUCCUGUCUUUCAGCAAAUCCAAUCAUGGAAGAAUGUAGAUUCAAGUCGAGUGAGUUACAAGCAUCUUUGAUGGCGUCCACUCCGUUGCUCACCGAUUCUUGGAGUUUAUGCAACACCGCAAAUCGCAAUGGCACUGUUAAGAUCCAGGACAUACCAAGAAUCACGUACGUUGCUGUGCCGGCGGUGCCAAUGCCUCAGCUGGGGAAUCUUGUGAGUUUGGAUGUCUCCCGAGAUAGGCCUUCCCCCGGCUUAACCUCUGAGGAGCCUCUUCCGCCUAUGGUUGACGCUUCCAUACCCAACUUAUUUUCUAAAUUGAAGAUGGCGGCAAAGCCGAUAUCCACCCGUCUCCGUCGCACUAUUUUGCGGGAAAACGAUAUUUUCCGGCUAAUCUCCGAAAUCGAAUGCAACUUGUGGCUGAACUUUAUGUUCACAGACCGUGACUUUAAACCCGAUGUGUCCAUGAAUAACUCUGAAAUGUAG